AUGGACGAAAAAGUGAAGCGCGAGAUCAAGAUCCUACGGCUCUUCAUGCAUCCGCACAUCAUCCGGCAGUACGAGGUGAUCGAGACGCCCACCGACGUCUUCGUGAUCAUGGAGUACGUCAAGUGCGGCGAGCUCUUCGAUUACAUCGUCGAAAAGGGCCGCCUCGCAGAGGAUGAAGCGCGCCGAUUCUUCCAGCAGAUCAUCAGCGGGGUGGAGUACUGCCAUCGCAACAUGGUGGUGCAUCGCGACUUAAAGCCCGAGAACCUGCUGCUGGACGGCAAGGGCAACAUCAAGAUCGCGGAUUUCGGGCUCAGCAACGUCAUGCGCGACGGGCACUUCCUCAAGACGUCCUGUGGCAGCCCCAACUACGCUGCUCCGGAGGUCAUUUCCGGGAAGCUAUACGCGGGACCUGAGGUGGACGUGUGGAGCGCGGGCGUGAUCCUGUACGCGCUGCUGUGUGGCAGCCUGCCGUUUGAUGACGAGAACAUUCCCAGCCUCUUCAAGAAGAUCAAGGGAGGCAUAUACACGAUCCCCGGCAACCUGUCAUCAGGCGCGCGUGACCUCAUUCCGCGCAUGCUGCUGGUGGAUCCGCUGCUGCGCAUCACCAUGCCCGAGAUCCGCCAGCACCCCUGGUUCUGCGCCAAGCUCCCGCGCUACCUCGCUGUUCCGCCCCCCGACACUGUCGAGCAGGCCAAACGGAUAGACCAGGACGUGUUGGCAGUGGUGGUGAAGAUGGGGUUCGACCAGCGCCAGCUCACGGAGGCUCUCAGGAACAGACAAGCCACCAAGGCUACAGUGGCAUACUACCUGAUGCUGGACAACAGGAGCCGGAUCGCAUCGGGCUACCUGGGAUCUGAAAUAGAAGAGAUCAAACAGCGGUCGCACGGGCAUCUCAUGGAGCUCGCAGCAGCAGGCGCGCGGGACGCACACGCGCAGCCAAACGCCAUUCAGCAGCGGCGAUCCGUGGGGGGGAACGCGGCUACCAUGGCCAUGAACAUGCACGGGGGCAUGGGCAGCGGGGGAGUGGGUGGAGGCAUGAUGGGGGGCUCUCCCGUGCAUCACCACUGUCGAGUUGUGGCGGAACGGAAGUGGGCGCUGGGACUUCAGUCUCGCGCCCAGCCAGUGGACAUAAUGACAGAGGUGCUGCGGGCACUGCAUGCGCUGCACGUGAGAUGGAAGAAAACAACCAAUCACACCGUCAGGUGCCGGUGGGAGGCCCCCACACCCUCCCGCCCCCUGCAAAUACACACUGACACUGGCGCACUGUUCACCGACACAGCCUCUGCUGCUGCCGCAGCGGGUGCAGCAGCGGUGUCAGGAGUAGGAGCAGGUGUGGGUUGGGAGUGUAGGGGAGCGAAGGUUGCUCCUGAGAUAGAUACUGGCGUGGGAGUGGGCACAGGAGCGAGGAUGGGUAUUGGUGUGGGGGCAGGGAUGUGUAGGGAGGGACAUUGCUGUUCAGGAGCAGUUUCGUGCAGUGCUGCUGAUGGUGGUGCUGGUGGCUGUGCUGCUGCCGGUGGUGGUGGUGGUUUCAGUGGAGGGGAGAGGGGAAGCAGCAAGGGGAUGGAACUGGAAGGAUGGCAGGGAGGCUCUGAUACCAGUUUUGGUGGGGCUGGGGAGAGCGAAAAGGCUCUUUCGCAGCAGAGGCAGCAGCAGGAGCGAGCGACUGAAGCGAUGUUUUCAGGGGAGUUGCGGAGAGUUCUCCGAUUCGAAAUGCAGUUAAUGCGUGUGCGCGAGGACAAGUAUUUGCUGGACCUACAGCACAUGGACGGCUCUCACAUGCUCUUCAUCGAUCUCGUCGCGCUCUUCCUCGCUGAACUGCACGUUGUGUGA